AUGACUGGGGUGGCAGUGUGUUUUGGGACAGUAAACUCCGUCAAGGCUCUUUGGGAGACCAGGAUUAAGAAAAGCAGGGAUGACCAGCAGAAGGAACGCGAGCAGAGAGACAAGGCAGCAGUGGGCAGACUUGCACUUGCUUGGGAAGAUCGCAUCACCUUGGCUAAACUCAAAGAGAGGGUGGUGACAGAAGAAGGAAGGGUCAUCUUACGGAUAGAGAAAGAGGAAUGGAAGACUCUGCCCCCAGCCCUGAAACAGCUCCCCCAGCUCCAGGAGUGGCAGCUGCACCGGACGGGAUUACAGAAGAUCCCGCGCUUCAUUGCCACCUUCCAGAACCUCAUAGUUCUGGACCUGUCCCGCAACGCCAUCGCAGAGAUUCCCAAAGAGAUCGGUCAGCUGACCAAGCUGAAGGAGCUGCUGGUGAGCUACAACAGGGUGUCAAGCCUUCCAGAGGAAGUGUGCAGCUGUGAAAGCCUGGAAAAACUGGAGCUGGCUUUCAACAGGGACCUGGACGAGCUCCCGACACAGUUAGGCAACCUCAAGAAGCUGUACCACCUGGACCUCUCCAUGAACCAGUUCACCAGCAUCCCGGAGUGCAUUCUCAACCUGCCCGGCCUGGAGUGGCUCGACAUGGGUGGCAACAGGCUGCAGAGCCUGCCAGAUGACAUUCACCGAAUGGAGAAGGUGCACACACUGUGGCUGCAGCGGAACGAGCUGGAGUAUCUGCCCGAGAACAUCAGCCGCAUGCACAGCCUCGACACGCUUGUGCUGAGCAGCAACAAGCUACGCGACAUUCCUGCCUUAAUGGAGGGUAUGAGUAACCUCAGGUUUGUGAACUUUAGAGACAACCCUCUGACGUUAGAGGUGUCUCUACCAACGCAGAGCUUGUCAGAGGAAGAGGAGGAGGAUGAUGACAGAGAGAUGUUUGGCAGAGAAUUCAUGCACACCUACAUAAAAGAGGCCCGAAAAAGAGAAUCCCCAACAAGUUACACUUCGGUAUUAAACGUGACUGUCGCAGCUGUACCAGGAACAGCACUGGCACUCUGACAGCCCGCCAUGC